AUCCAAAACUAGGCAGCCCCCCCAACCCACCCACACGUCACUGCACGGCCAACAUCACCAGCAGCACUGGUCCUCUCUCUGUCUCUCGCAAUCUGCGCCUGCUGCUUCCAUGCUCAUCGAACCACAAACACGAAAACCACCUUCCAUACCCCUCUUAGUAUAUUCUAUUCUAUCGUCUUAAACCUCCUUCAAUCUCCCAAUCUCUGCUCCUCUAUACAUAUCCACAACAACAAUACACACUCUCAUCUCUACAUAUUUCAAGUGAUGAUAAAUACAAUCUAAUUUACUGGCCAACGAUCACUAUAUAUAUAUAUAUGAAAUAAUAGUUUAAUAUAGUUUAAAGAGAGAGAGAGAGAGUGAGAAUGGGGAGUGGUGCAUCGAGGAACACGGACAGUAGCUCUCAUGGCAGCGAGGGGAGAGAAGAAAACCUAGACCAAGCUGGUGGACAGCUCUACGUAUCUCUCAAAAUGGAGAUUUACAAGCUCAAACCCGACCUCAUUCCUCACGUCUACGGCUCUGUCCCUCUCGUCGGCUCUUGGGACCCUUCCAAAGCUCUUUCAAUGGAACGCGAAUCAGCCUCAAUUUGGGAAUUGAGCUUCGUCGUCCCACCUAAUCAUGAAACAUUGGAUUUCAAAUUCCUUUUGAAGCCCAAGUGCAAUAAUGCGCCAUGCAUAGUUGAGAAGGGUCUGAAUCGGCUGCUUGUUAGGGGGGCUCUGCAAGGUGAUUCUAGGCCGGCUUUAUUUAUGCUGAAUGGUGAUGAGGUUCUUGAAUAUCAGGUAUUCAUUAAGGCAGACAGAGUUUCUCCAUUUGAUCUUGCUGCUAGUUGGAGAGCAUAUAAGGAGAACCUUCAGCCCUCAACUGUUCGGGGAAUUCCUGAUGUUAGUAUAAAUUCGAUACCAGAGAUGGGUGCUGAGAACGGCUCUUCAGCAAGUUUGGAGCUUGAUCUUGAACAUUAUGUUGUCCCAGCUCCGGCAACAUCUGCAAACUCAGGUCUGAUUUAUGCUGCUAACAUGUCAGAAACUCCAAGGUCAUUAACCCAUGCCGGGGUGCUUUUCACUUCUGAGGGUUCAGGCAGUGUUUCGCAAUCCUACAAGGAUGGUGGAGUUUUCAGUGAUCGACCUGCGACUAUAAAGGAGAUGGAAGUCAUGGUACCAGAUCCCUCUAUCGUUUAUUCAGGUUCUGGCACGGUUGAAUCAAAGUCAGUAGGGACAUUUUCACCUUUACAAAAGCAAGAUAGUCACAGAGGACUCUUUGUGGAUAGGGGGGUUGGAUCUCCUAAGCUAGUUAAAUCGGUUAGUGCAACAACUUUCAGCGUUGAUCUCAGACUAGAUUCAGAAACUAAGAAUGCAAUGCCAGCAGCUGCUGGAGCUGUUGCAGCUGCAGCUGUAGCUGAUCAAAUGCUUGGACCUAAGGAGGAUGGACAUCUGGCUAUAGUCCUGGUUGGCUUGCCAGCUCGAGGGAAAACUUUCACUGCUGCUAAGCUCACAAGAUAUCUUCGUUGGUUGGGUCAUGACACCAAGCAUUUCAAUGUUGGGAAGUAUCGACGCCUCAAGCAUGGAGCUACUUUGGCUGCUGAUUUUUUCCGAGGUGACAAUCCAGAAGGCAUGGAGGCGCGCAAUGAGGUUGCAGCUCUGGCAAUGGAUGAUAUGAUAGCUUGGAUGCAAGAAGGUGGGCAGGUGGGAAUAUUUGAUGCAACAAAUAGUACGAGGAAACGAAGGAAUAUGCUCAUGAAAAUGGCUGAAGGAAAAUGCAAGAUUAUUUUUUUGGAGACAAUAUGCAAUGAUGAGCGCAUUAUUGAAAGAAACAUACGUCUUAAAAUUCAACAAAGCCCUGACUAUGCAGAGGAGACAGAUUUUGAAGCUGGAUAUCAAGACUUCAAAAAUCGAGUACAAAAUUAUGAAAAGGUUUAUGAGCCGGUGGAAGAAGGAUCAUACAUCAAAAUGAUUGAUAUGGUCAGUGGUCAAGGUGGACAAAUACAAGUAAACAAUAUCAGUGGCUAUCUUCCUGGAAGAAUUAUAUGGACUAGCACAUUGCAGAGAACAAUUUUGACAGCUGGUUCAAUCGUUGGAUUUCCAAAGAUACAAUGGCGUGCACUUGAAGAGAUAAAUGCUGGAGUGUGUGAUGGAAUGACAUAUGAAGAAAUAAAGAAGAAUAUGCCUGAGGAAUAUGAGUCACGUAAGAAGGACAAGUUGAGGUAUCGAUAUCCUCGUGGAGAAUCUUAUCUGGAUGUAAUCCAAAGGCUAGAGCCUGUUAUCAUUGAGCUUGAACGACAGCGUGCCCCUGUUGUGGUGAUAUCUCACCAGGCGGUAUUGAGAGCAUUAUAUUCUUAUUUUGCUGAUAGGCCUUUGAAAGAAGUUCCACAUAUUGAGAUUCCACUUCACACAAUUAUAGAGAUACAAAUGGGGGUUACUGGUGUCCAAGAGAAAAGAUAUAAACUCAUGGAUUGAACUUUCUUUAGGACUGUAAGUUACAAGCUCAAAUUGACAAGACAAUUCUCCUUUGUUUUUAUACAACUUCAAUAACAAGGUGUAACAAUGACAGGCAUGUGUAACUUGUAAGUACAAUAAUUAUCAAUCAAUUGUUAAUCUGCCGUCAAAAUACCAUCAUCUUCCCGUG